GCCUCCAAGCGUAUACCUUAAAAAUCAUCCAUAUCGAAACCCUGAAACCCUAGCGCCGGAGCGGCUUCGAGGCACAAACGAUCCUCUCUCCUCUCCACAUCUAUCAAGUAAUUUUCUGCUAGGAAGAAUGUCUAUUGGAGAGCAGGCUUGCACUCUCGCUAUAUUGAUUCUCCACGACGAUGGGAUUCCCGUUACUGCCGAGAAGAUCAGCACCUUGCUUAAAGCGGCCAAUGUGUCAGUAGAAUCAUACUGGCCGGGUCUGUUUGCUAAGCUUGUAGAGAACAAGAGUGUAGAUGAUCUAAUCAUGAAUGUUGGUUCUGGUGGUGGUGGCGCACCCAUGGCUGUUGCUACCAUGGCUGGAGGCGGUGAUGCUGCAGGUGCAGCUGCACCUCCACCUGAGGAGAAGAAGGAGGAACCAAAGGAAGAGAGUGAUGAGGACAUGGGAUUCAGUUUGUUUGAUUAGGAGCUCCUUUCAGUAUGAAUAGUAUUUUGCAAUUUUAUGACUUCAUUUGUAGUUGCUCAGUAAAUUUGAAGCUGUCGUAUUUUUAUGUGAUGUUACCAGCACAGCAGACGCUAGCUGGAAAAUUUUCGAUGUUUGGGUUGGAUUGUUUCUUAAUGUUAGUAUUUCAAACAAAAUAUGCGGAUGGGUGAAACUUGUCAAGCAUUGAGAUAAUGGCUUCCUAAAUGUGAUUCCACUCAUGAAUGGUCUUUA